GUCUAUUUUUGCUCACCUAUUUAUAGCCGUCAUACCGGUGGCUCAAUGCACAUUGAGGCUUAAACGUUGAACAUCCGAACUACCAUGUCUGUGAAAGAUACUGUACACACCCAGGUUAUCUAUAAUGGUGCGCUAUUUUGUUAAGGAAGUGUCUUUUUGUGCUAAUCCAGCUGCAGCUGCUAGGAAAUGGUUCACCAUUAUCCCACUCAUCGUGUGUCCCAUAAACUUCCUCAUCGACGCACCCUUCGGUCGGUUUACACCAAAGGAGCAUAGUAUCUUUUUAUUGGAUGGCGUGAAGUCGUGGAUUGCCAUGGAGCUAGUCGCCCCGCUCACUUUCUCCUACGCGUUCUUGCAUUCACCACUUUCAGUGGCUCACCCAGGUGCCCCGCCUCCUUUGAGCUUGACCCAUCCUCCAACUCUACUGUCUACGCUCUUCCUCAUCCACUACCUCAACCGUGCGAUCAUCAACCCCCUGCGCACGCCGUCACGGUCGAAAUCCCACAUAGUCGUCCCUCUCGCUGCCGUUGGCUUCAAUCUUGUGAAUGGGUGGCUUAUGGGAACUUACCUCUCUUCCUCUUUCGCGUCAACUUACCUGCAAGAUGCGUUCCAACGUCCCACCUUCUGGCUCGGCAUCGGUCUGUGGGCGUUAGGUCUAGGAGGGAACAUCCUGCAUGAUGAGGUACUCCUUAACAUCCGCCGGAAAGCAAAAGCCAAGGGCAAAGCCAAAGCAACAGAUGACGAUAAUGGGAAGAACAAGCAAGAGCAUUAUGCCAUUCCCGACGGCUACCUCUACAAGUACCUCUCGUACCCGAAUUACUUUUGUGAAUGGAUGGAAUGGCUUGGUUUCGCUUUGGCAGCGGCACCUUUACCUUCUUUCGUAUCAUUUAGCUCAUUCUUAGAGACAGUCAUGCCACCCUAUAUCUUCCUCCUGUCUGAGGUAUUCUUAAUGAUACCCAGAGCAUACAAGGGACACAAAUGGUAUCAUUCACGUUUCCCCGACUACCCCAAAGAGCGGAAGGCAGUUGUACCCUUUUUGUUCUAGCUGAAGAAAUAGUAGUCCGUCUAUACCACUGCAUUGCAGACUGUAACCAUCCAGUAUAUUAGUAGCGUCUGGUAUCUGUAAGACCGAGUCAGAUCCCUCAUAGCCCUCC